CCUCGAGCGAACUCGCGUGUUAGGAUUUCAUUUUCCCUCCUGCUCCCUAGUAGGAUGUCUUUAAAAUAGUUUGUAGGGCGAGCAGAAGUAAUUGUCGCAAGCCAGACAGGCAACACGUGAUGUAAAAGUAUGAAAAAAUAAUAAAGAGACAUUGAUAGAAGUGAUGUUUAGGAACAAAGCAAUUAAAAGUGCGUAAGUGGAUACAAUGAGUCAGUUGUCGCCUUCUCGUAUCGUCUCCACUUAACACCUACAUUGGAUUCUAGGCCUACUUUAUGUGGUCCGAAUUCACAAGAGGGGGAUUUAACUGCAAAACUUCCUGGUAGGAGGUUUUAAACUCAAAACACCCUUGGCUGUGCUGGAGCAAGUAAUGGUUUAGUAUUAAAUUCAUGGUAGUGACCAACGUUGAGAUAAACUCUGAACCAACAAAAUGGAAACCUCAGAUAUCACAACAUGUUUAUCGACCGCAUGUUGGACAGUUGAAAGAUCUGUGUCAAGACUCUCUGAAAGAUGAUGUUCAACUCCUCCUAUGACGUCACUUCCCUGGCGACGACGCUGCUGGAGUACGACGGCUUGGUAAGAGGUUUCCAGGAGCAGCUCAGAUCGCAUCCUAUCAUUGUGCUAGAGUCCUUGGUGCUGUGCGUCAUUUCCAUCAUGGCGCUGCUUGGGAAUACCCUGGUCAUUGUGGUCAUCCACCGAAGUCGACGGGUCCAGUCCACUACCAACUAUUUUGUCGCAAGCAUCGCCGUAAGCGACAUGGUUCUCGUUCUGCUUUCGUCGCCUUUCGUAUGUGCUCGGGUGAUCAUGCAGGGCUGGGUUGUCGGAAACGUGAUGUGCCGUCUUGUACGAUUUGUACAACUCUCUUCCAUGUCCACUAUCUCAUUCGUCCUAGUGGCCAUCUGCAUUGACCGGUUUUACACGGUCAUUUAUCCACUCAGCUUUAAGGUCACCCGAGGGACAGCCAAGCGAAUGAUCAUCGCCGCGUGGGUCACAUCGCUCCUGGUUACCGGCUUUUGUCUCUACUUCUUUGAGGUCAAGAGAGUGUCCACAGCAGGCGACGUCGUUCGCGUAUUCUGCCCGACUUUCAUCCCGGCAAGCCAUUGGUCGAGCGUGAUCUACGCGGCGCUGUGCGUCAUCACACAGUUCGUCUGCCCUCUGAUCCUUCUAGUCAUCGGGCAUUCCCGCAUCUUGUUCUACGUGAGAUCGGUGCGCAACCAGGUGCGACACUGCAGUCAUUUCAACGCACCGGUGCCGAGAACAAAAGUCAAAAUGGUCAAAAUGCUGAUGCUUCUCAGCGCCGUCAACCUCCUUCUAUACCUUCCUUACUACGCCACACAGACAGUCUACUGCUUCGGCUACCGCGCUUUCCUCAGCGAUGAUGUGUUCGUGGCGUCUUACUGGUUAAUCAGCGCCUCGGCCGCCUCCAAGUCGGUGGUGUACGCGUGUCAGAACAGCAACUUCUGGCGCGGCUGCAAGGAGGUGUUGUGCAUGUCGACCAUGAAGUGCUACCGCUUCAACACCUACAUAGUGACCAGCGCCUCUGCUGUGAGCAAGCGGAAUUACGUGGGAGUCAUGGACCUAGCCAAAGAGCAGACCAGCUUUAGUAUAGACUCACCAAUCAACACAAGACAUAAAUCAAUCGAGGCGCCCCAGUGGCUAACUAUCGGUUCUCUGCCUACGACUUGUUUGUGACGUGUGCUUUUUUCAGUUGUAUAGCAAUAUUAAAAGUAUGAAAUUUAAAAACUGUAAAUAUUUUCCCCACGAAAUAAUACAUUUUAUAAUAUUGCAUACAAUGUAGAUCUACAAUGUUGUUGAAUGAAUCAUGGUUGAAUGCAGAAGCCUUUUAAAGUUUUACGUGGCAAUAAAAGAGCUAUUAAAAACUGUAAAUAAAUAUAUGAAUACCGUAAUUUCAAAAAUGUUUUCUAUGUAAAAAAAAACAACAAACUAGCAAUAACAUAUGAUAAUUACUUUAAAAACCCUGAUGAAAUAUUCAUCACUUUUCUUGUUCCAUAUUCCAAGACUAAUUUCCUACUGCUAUUAACGUAGGGAGUAAGCAGCUAGUGUGGGUUGCCCGAACUAUUAUUACUUUUAGCCAUGCUUUUAGCUCUAGGGCUUUUUUUUCUUCAGAGAUUUUGUUCAUAGGGCUUUAGAUUGAAAUUCAAUUUCCACACUCGUUCAGUCAUUCAGACAGAUAAUAAGCUUCGCAGGUCUUUUGGAAUACUCGUGUAUUAGUGUUAAUAAACCUUUUUUUUUUUUCAAAGCUUAUAUCAACUCUGUCUGGGUGAAUUUUUAAUUUCUUUUAGCAUUAUUUCUCCCACUUCCCAUUCUCGGAUAUGGUUGAGAUUUUUAAAUAAUUCAUUUUGAAUGAGAACACAUGAAUCAAUCAACAAAUUAAUCAAUUAGUUAAUCAGUUCCAUGGUUAGUGGUCAUUAACUCCUUUUGUUUUAAAUAGAAAAAGGGAGAAUUAAAACAGGGGACAAAACUUUUCUCCGAAUGUUCUUCGAAAGACUUAUUUCAUACUCAGUUGUUCACCUUUAAAAAAAAAAAAAAAAACACAACUUCAUCUAGUUUCGGCAAUGAAAAUCGAAAAGAAUAGUUUGUUUAUUAUUUUAACCACAUCAUUUUUUUUUUCUUGAGGAAUUUAUGAUGUAAGGCUUCACUUUGACAAGAGCAAUUUGAAUAGGAUUACUUUCAAUAGGUUCCCAUAUCUGUAGGCAUUCUCUUGUGUGCCUUUGCGUUUGUUUUGUGUGUGUGUGUUUGUUUGUUAAAAAACUAAAUAAUUUCUCAAUGGCAAAAUGAGCGUUUUUACAAAGCUUAUAUCAACUCAGUCUGUCUGUCUGGCAAAAGUGUGAGCAUCUUUUUUUCUCCCAUUUCCCAUUCUCUGAUCGAGUUUAAAAUGUGCACAAUACUUCAUUAGACCUGACAAGACAUGAAUAAAUGUAAAAAAAUUAAACUACUA